AUGACAGACCCAGAGCACCUGUUGACCCACAUCACCCAGCUGACCCUGGACACCUUUCUCAAUGUCAACUACGGCGUCCUCUGUGAGGCCAUCUGUGUCUUCGGCAUCUUCUUCAACAUCAUCAACAUCAUCGUCUUCGUGAAGCAGGGUUUCGAGGAGUCGGUGAACAUCUCCCUGCUGGGUCUGGCUGUGGCCGACACGGCUGCCCUGACCAGUCAGGUGUGGAUGAACAUGAUGUUCAGCCCCAUCGUGCCCUACGUGCCGUACGCCUGGUACACCACGCUCUACCUGACGGGCAGCUGGCCCCACGUCACCUCCACCAGGGCCGUCAGUCUGCUCACCGUCUUCAUCACGUUAGAGCGUUACCUGUGUGUCGCCCUGCCCCUAAAGAUCAAGCGCAUCAUCACCCACAAAACCACAGCCAUUAUUGUUACUUUUAUUUUCUUGUUUACAAUUUCAACGGCCAUUCCCGUUUACGCAAACCAUUCAGUCAAGUAA